ACUUAGGUAUGGCAUUUUGUAAUAACGAAAUCGACGCGCUUCACUUAAGUAAGCGCCGUAUUUGUUGAGUAGAAUAUAUUUUGUAAAUUUCGUUAAUAAAAUCGGAUUGCACAAUGCAUACAACUUCAACGCACGAUCCAAGGCUUGAUGCAUUUAGCAAACUUAACCUAUUGGAGAAAAGUCGCGUCGACAGUUUUAAGGACUGGCCUUUUCCAUCAAACUCAACAUGCAGCAUUGCCAAGAUGGCUGAGGCGGGAUUCUACUGGACAGGCACGAAACGGGAAAACGACACAGCCACAUGUUUUGUAUGCGGCAAAACACUUGACGGCUGGGAGUCCGACGACGAUCCUUGGAAGGAGCAUCUGAAGCAUGCGCCACAAUGCGAGUUUGUAAAAUUGAGCUGCCCGGAGAAAGAUAUGACUGUGGAUCAAUUUCUUAAAAUAUUUGGAACCGUCGUCAAAAAUAACAUAGAAAAGAACAUAAAGAAUUUUAAAAUAAAAUUCUUGAAAGAUAGCGAAGCCAAACUGAACGAGUUCAUAAGCAAACAACCCUAAAUACUGUAUCGUUUAAAGUCCCUUUACUUAAAUUUCUUUCGAAAUAUACUUUUUAUUUGUAUGAGGAAUAUUCCUAAUUAUUACCAUAUAAUUCCAGAAGGUUUUCAUUGCAAUAAAAACGAUUAAAUAUAAAAUAAAAAAUAAAUAAAAUAAAAUAA